AUGUCUAAAUAUGAAGCUUCAACAGCAAUAGAUCUCAAAAUAGUUGUACUAGGAUCAGCAGGUGUUGGGAAAACAUCUAUUAUUUACAGAUAUUGCAAUGGAACGUUUCAACCUGGCACAAUGCCAACAAUUGGAGCAGGAUUCUUCACUCAUAAUAUAGAAAUCGAUAAAAAAGACGUCAACCUUCUUUUAUGGGAUACAGCUGGUGAGGAGCGCUUUAAAUCUGUCACGCCUUCCUUGCUUCAUGGUGCAAAUGGAAUGAUUUUAGUCUACGACGUCACAUCGAAAGUGAGCUUCAAAGAGCUAAGCGAUUAUUAUGAGAUGUUCCUUGAAACAUGUGAGUUCAAAAACGGAGAAGAUUUACCAAUUUUAGCUUUCGGCAACAAAAUCGACAAAGAAGACUGGAUGACAACAGAACAAGAAUUUGAUACCUGGUGCGAGACUAAUAAAGUACCGUUUCAUGCUAUGUGUUCUGCAAAAACUGGAGAAGGAAUUGCUGAACCAAUUAAACAACUUGUUGAAUUAAUAUUAACACCACAACGUAUAACAAAAACACCAGCUCUCCAAAUUAGACCAUUCCCUGAUGACGAAAAGAAGGGAUGCUGCUAA